CGCCAUCACCGAUGAGCUGCAACAAGAAUAUGGAUCGCCGGCAUAGCUACUUGGGCAGCUGUUCUUGUCGUAGUAUUGUUUGUGAUCCAGUACGACACGCAGGUGAGGAUCAUAAACUCUUGUUAACUUCUGAUCACCCUCUGGUCAUAAACACCGAGUCUACCUAUAUAUAUAAUACGGGACUAAGGCUUCGAACAACAUCGCCCUCGCUUCAUCUUCGCCUCGACGUGCUCUCUCCCCACCUCUCAACGUCUUCAUCGACAUGGCUCUCAUCAGAAGCAGGACGCACUUCCUUCGACUACCCGACGAGUCCACGAACAUCCUCUUCGAAGAACGCCAGGCUCGUGCCGCCGAGGAAACUCGGCUUCAUGGUGCCCAGACCGCCAUCUGCAAUGCGUGGUGCCGCGACUACUUCUUUCCCGCAGCUGAGCGAGUCCAGGGCUGGGUAAACAAUUCCGAAGUCGACGAAGCACACGCGGCUAUGGCUCUAGCCUUCUCGCGCAACUGGAUUACCUUCGAAGCACACUUGCAUGAUACCUCGUCCUUUAUCAACUCAAACGCUGUGGCGGAUCGGCACACGGUCCUAGCCCCGCUCGGGCUCUUCUGGGAGAAAUUCUAUGCCCUGUACGAGAGCGGCGAGGACCGACGCGUCGAGGACUCGCCUUUCUACAUCAAGGAGCUCGAUCCCGCGCUCCUCUGUCGCCUUCACGCCUGGUUCGAGGACCUCGACCUGCGAUUCCAGUCCAUGGACGACAUGUUUUUGAUGAAGUCCACAGACGAGUCUCAAGAGGGAUCUCCCGCUGACAGCCAUGGCAAGACUGAUCGCAGACGCUAUUGGAACAUCUUUCUCGCUGGCCUGGCGCGAUCGCUCGCGUCCGACACCGAUCGUCGACUGAAGGUGCCGUCCCCAAGCUUUCGGGAGAAGCUCGAGUGGAAGGCACGCUUCCCAAUCCUGGACAAGGACCUGAAUGGCGUCAAAUAUGUCCGAGACCCGAUUACGCUAGGAGGAGCUGUUGGCCUAGUCGACCCCGAUAUACUCUUGACAGGCGAUGCUAAGUCGAAAACAGAAUAUCUUCUCCAGAAUAUGUGCCGUAUAAUCGACAUAGUCCUGGACGACUACAAAUUGGGGGACGCUGCCGCGGAACAAGCUAUGUGCACCUUCCUCGAGAUGCAUAGUUUCCAGUGGUAGGGGUAGAGCCAGUACACAUCCCGUAGAUAUGUAUCAGAGUGUCAAGCAGAGGAAACAUCGAGC